AUGAUAACUGUCGUUCCUGGCAAGAUCCGUCAUGAACUGUAUAAGAGUUUCUCUGGUUCAGCAGCUCCAGACAGGACAACUGAAGCUACAGACGCUGAGAAGGAAGAAGAGAAGAUCGUUCUGCAGCAGGUUAUCAUCAUCUUCAACAUCUGCAUCAUCUCCACCAUGAAGACGCUGACUCUGUCUGCACUUCUUUGUGCCAUGAUGGCUCUGACCAGAGCUGCUGUUCUUCCAGACGCAGAGGCUGGAAACUGGACCAACUCGUUCAGUCCAACAGAAGAGAAUCAUGUUGUCAAGAGGUCCACAUCAUGUCCAAAAGAUUGGACUCCUUUUGACGGUCGAUGUUAUCUCUUCGUUCAACAACCCAUGAUUUGGGCUGUGGCUGAGAGAAACUGUCACUCUUUGGGUGGAAACCUCGCAUCUGUUCAAAACUCCAAGGAGUCCGGUGUGAUUCAGGCGGUGAUGACAUUGAGCAACACUCAAAAUCAAGUAAUAGCUUGGCUUGGAGGGUCUGAUGGACAACAGGUAUAUUAUUUGUCAUUUACAUAA